ACCGGAUAGAUGAAAAUGUCAUCACCAACUGGUGGAGUUUCCUGUGGGGAUAGUAUCGGGAAUAAGUUUGGUGGGUAGUGAUUGAUUAUUUUUAUUCUGUGGAUUUCAUGUCAGUACAUGCACGUAGUUAACAAAAAUGCGUGAAAACGAAAUAUGUUGAUGUUAAAUUAUGAGAAAAAAUCUAUUGAUCGUGAGAGAACGUGGUAGGAAAUAUCACGGUGCGAUAGUGCGAGGAUCCUAACCUUGUUAAAAAUGAAGUCAGGCACCAUGGACAAACAUAGAGGCUCGACACUUCUGAAAUUGGAAGAAAACGAGCAAGUCUUCCAAUUAAUAGGAAAUCGGUGCCAGGUAUUAGUCAUGGGUGAAUCAAAUGACAUCAGAGGACUCAUAAUGUCUAGCAGCUGGAGUUAUACAGUUGUAUCUGACAGAACCACCGUUACAUAAAGAAUGGAUAAAAAAGACUACAGGUAUUAUAACAUUGAUAAGGGAUAAUCCUAGACGUAGUUUCUUCCUUCGUUUAUAUUGCUUACAAAGGAAAGCAAUGUUAUGGGAACACGAGGUUUAUAAUGCAAUGGACUAUAAAGCACCAUUGACAUACUUUCAUACAUUUGAAGCAGAAGAUUGCAUGGCUGCUUUUAAUUUUGCAAGUGAAACUGAUGCUGUUACUCUAAGGAAUAUUCUUCUUGGUAAAUUGAAUGCCAAACGUCAAAGAAGACAACAAAGGAGAUCUAAAAUAGAAGGAGAAGGUCAACAUGGUGCAACAUUGCCCUGGAGGAAUCAGAGUAACACAUCACCCGCUGCGUUUAGCACAGGAUCAACUUCUAAUUUAUUAAACGGAACCCCGGCUACGAUUGACGUCAAUAGGAGUGCGUCAAGUAGUUCUAUAUACAAAACUAAAAAGAAAAAGCGGGAUAAAGCGAAAAAAAAAUUAACAAAAGAUGACAUAGGUCCUCCAUCUAAUUUUAGACAUGUUAUGGGCUGGAAUUCUAAUAACAAAGGAAUGGAUUUAGAGCCGCUUGAUUUACAUUUAAAAAUUUUCCUUGAUAAAGUAGGAGUAUCAGAGCAUCAAUUCAGGAAUCAAGAUACGCGCAAUUUUAUUUAUGAUUUUAUCGAAAAGAAUGGCGGCAUGAGUGCCAUUCGGGAAGAUAUUUCUUCGUCUAUUUCGAAAGGUAACACACAACAACAGCAGUCACAACAGCAACAACAUCAACCAUUACAACAACAACAACAACAACAACCUCCAGUUGCACCUCCAAGACAGGAAUAUCCUCCUCCAGUUCCUGCGAGAACGAUACCUCAUCAAACAAGAAGUGCUCCUCCGUUACCUCCAAGCCGGUUAAACGCACCUUCGACACCGCCAAAUGCACCGCUUACUGCGCCCCCAGUACAUAGAACAUUACCAUCUCGACCGCCCCCAGUUUCUUUAACUGCGGCACCAUCACUGCCACCGCCUCCACCUCCGGCUCCACCAGCUCCAAUUCCACCAUCCAGAAAUAAUUCAACCGCACCUGUUCCGCCUCCACCUCCAUUGCCUAAUUUAAUAAAUACCAAUGAAGGAACUGUGAAUACGAGUGCUACCAAUAAUAAUAAUCAUAGUAAUAAUAAUAAUAACGAAGAAAGCGCUGACCCUAGAUCAAUGCUCAUGCAGUCUAUAAGAAGUGGCACUACACUUAGAAAAGUUGAUAAACCUGAAACAAAACCAGCACCUGCUGUUGGGGGUCCUAGGAAUGCUUUAUUGGAACAAAUUCGUCAGGGAGUUGAAUUAAGGCCUGUUGCGAACGAGGUAAAAUCUAAAACGACACCGGCAUAUCAAGGCGGAUUAGCUAGUGCUUUGUCCAGAGCUCUUGCCGAGCGAUCAAGUGCAAUCCAUAGUGAAAGUGAUGAUUCGACUAGUGAAACCAGCGAAGAUGAUGACGAAUGGGAUGAUUAAUUCAAAUGAAAUAUGCAAUUCGAGGAAUACAAUAAUAUACCACUGUGAUAAAUCUGCUAUUGAUAAACAUGUAAACAGAAUAGCUACUAUAAAUGUAUAAUGUAACGAUUUUGAAUUUGAAUUAUCCAAAGAAGAAUGAAAAUCAUAUAAAUGUUCUGAAAAGGGAAAACCACUUAAACAUGUUAUCAAAAAGUAAAGCACAAUUAAAUGGAUAGGGCAGGUAAGGGCAGAAUAAAAAUUUAUAAUUAUCUUGAAAAGAAAUUUUUUUAAACAAAUUUACUAAAGUAAAUAGAAUAUUAUGCAGUAUAAUAGGUAUAUAAACGAUGAUAUUUCGUUCCGUAUUAUUUAUUUAUGUAAACUGAUAUUUAUCAAGUAAGAAAGCAUGUAUAGCCUGGUAACGCGUUUUAUAAGGAGUAUUAAGUGAAAAAAUCUUGCAUAAUUGCAUUAACAAAUUUUAUGUAAGUUUAAACAGCAGCAUAAUUUGUUUAUAAUAAUCAAAAAACUUGCCCUAAUUGGCCCUGCCCAGUAUGUGCAACUUGAUGUAUGCGUAAUUUUAAGUUAGUAAUGACAUUAGUGUGAAACGUAAUUCUACGAUAAGACAAACAUAAACGCAGUAUUUCCAAAUUAAUUGGAAUAGAUCAAAUUGAAUAGAGUGAAGAAAAAGUAUUAGAAAUGUUAUUAUAUUAUUUCAGCAUAAUACUCUAUAAAGUUGCAAUAUUGAAUAUGGUACAUCGAAAAAGUUUUAAUUUAUAGGAAUUUCGCUUAACAUUUCAAGAGAUAUAUAUACAGGUACCACUGUACAGGUCGACUUAUACCAACUGACAUUUAAAGGAAAGAACUAUCUGUUUCCAAUACUCCUUCCUUGAAAAUCAUUUUAAGUCAUCUAAAUUACGGCUUUGCAUCUAGUCGUUUAUGAAGCUAAAGUAGACGUUUUAAGGCAUUUUCAAAGUCUUUAAAUGACUUCAGAAUUAGGUGUGGAUAAAUUAAAAAAAAUAGCUUCUCUUUUAAUUUUUUAUUCCUUAAUUUAUUACAUUAAGUUCAACAUCGUCGGCCUUCGUUAUAUAUACAGGAACCAGGAGAAAAGAAAAGUUGUUUCAUAGGAUACAGAAAGGAACUAAUUAUAAGUGAGUUUUCAUUGCACGAUAACUAAUUUAAAACGGCGCAUCAAACGAUUCUUGAAUAUCCUAUUAAAGUAUGUAUAAACUACGAUGUAGUAAGAAUUUUAUAUUUUCACGUGUGUGAUAUAGGUAUCAAGUUCGCGGAAGUGAAGCGCAAAACAGAAAAAUUGUCAGCGGGAAUGUAUGAAGCACAAGAUAGAGUUAUGCCACUAUGGAGCAAUCCUAGUCACACCAGAAAAGAAAGAAACGAAAAGAAUGUGUUAAUUAUUAGUUAUUGUAUUUUUAUUAUAUUCUAUGCAAUAUUAUCUAACUUAAAUAUACCGAUACGAAGGGAUCACUUCGACUGAUUGAAAAUCACACGUUACAGGAUUUGUUCAGCUGCUUCAAUUUUUAAUCAAGCGUAAUCAAGAAAGGAGCUAUAACUAUAUUUGUUAACUAGAGUAAAGAGAAAAAUAGUGACAAAUGUUUUAAAAAUAAUAAAAAAAAAAAGACUUGUUAUAGAUGAGCUAAUAGUGUAUGAGAAUAAGACUCGAGAGGAUUACAAAUUCUACAAUUGAUUAAUACAUUAGAAGUAUUGUUGUAUUUAAGAAAGAGAAAGACCUAUAAUGGACAUGUAUUUUUGUCCACUUUCCAGAGGUACAUAUGGACAUGUUACAAAUCGUAUUAGGUUUGUAUUAUGACUACCAAAUAUGAAAAAAA